GACUCGGUCGCAUUGCAACCACCGUGGCGCCUGCUCGAAAACCGGGCCUACCACCGCUCUCUCUGCCUACCACCGCUCGAAACCCACCCUCUCUCUGCCUACCACAGCUGUGAUCACUCGUCAAUACUGACCCGCUCGUCAAAUACACACCGCGCUCUCGUCUCUCGCCAUGUUCCGUCGGUCGAGCCAGCUCUCGCGCUUCGCCCGUCCGGCCUCACGGCAACUGCUGUCACAGCCAGUCCCACCGUCGCCGUGGCAGCACACUGGGCAGACCACUGACCGUCAUACCUGGCUACUACCCAACUUCUUCCUCUGCCUCAUGUGCGGCGUCCACGCGUACCGCCAUUACUCCCGUGGCAAGACGGUGCCGGCAGCGGCCGUUCACCACCUUCUGCGAGUUUGCGUGAUGGAGCUCCAUGAGCGGCACCAUCACGGGCACUCGCGCUGGCACAACAUCCAAGCGAGUCUGUUGCAGUGAGCAUGAAGGUAGAAAGGCGGGUGAGCAUGAGUGAUGAGACCGGCCGUCUCGAGUGUGUCUGGACAGGAACUGUGUCAUUGCGUGCUCUCUCGUGUCACGGGAUUCAAGCAAAAAAGAUAACUGACUCGAUGUCUUGUGUCUC